GGAGGGGUUGUUGUUGGUGACUGGUCUCGUGGUGGUGAAUAGCGUGCAAAGAUUUGGAACCAUAUUCUGCCUCCUGCCUCUGCCUGCUAAACUCCAAACUGCUAAGGAAGAUCUCCUCUCCACCACCACCAAAAUUCUCAUCUCAUCUCCUGGAAUUUGAUAAUCGAUUCGGAUUACGGGAUUUGGGAUUAGUGGCAAAUGCUGCUGUGCUGUGUUGUGCGUCGUGAGUCUUGAAUCUUAAAUCUUGAAGCUGUAAGAAGAAUUCUAUGUGUUGAUUGCUUGACGAGAUAAUCACCAAGGCACAACUCAGAAGAAUUGUACCUGCUCUGCUCUGCUAGACUGCUACUGCUAAUCUAUCUAUCUUAUAAUCACAACAGACAAUUGGACCAAGGAGAGAGUCUGACUCUGAGAGAUGGGUGCGAUCAAGGCAGCAGCUGGAGACGCGGUGCUGACCUUCUUGUGGAUUUCCUGCGCAUCCACGCUUGGCCUACUCACGACCCUUAUCGCUACUGCCGUUGGCGUUCAAGCCCUCGCCUGGCCCCCUCUCUUCAUCACCACCUCCCUUGUCUUCCUGCUUGUCUUCGUCUUCACCUUCAUCGGAGACUCCUUGGGCGGCGCCAGCUUCAACCCCACGGGCACUGCCUCCUUUUACGCUGCCGGCCUUGGCUCCGACAACCUCUUCUCCAUGGCCCUCCGCUUUCCUGCCCAGGCUUUGGGUGCUGUGGGUGGAGCACUGGUCAUUAAUGAGGUCAUGCCGCAGCAGUACAAGCACAUGCUUGGAGGCCCUUCCUUAAAAGUUGACUUGCAUACCGGCGCUAUUGCUGAGGGGGUCUUGACUUUCAUCAUCUCCUUUCUUGUCCUCGUAAUCAUACUCAAAGGUCCUCGUAGCUCAUUUCUCAAAAUGUGGCUGCUCGCUGUGGUUACUGUUGCAUUGGUUGUUACUGGUUCUGUGUAUACCGGCCCUUCAAUGAAUCCCGCCAACGCAUUUGGUUGGGCAUAUGUAAACAAUUGGCACAACACGUGGGAGCAGUUUUAUGUUUAUUGGAUUUGCCCCUUCAUAGGAGCAAUAUUGGCUGGUUGGGUCUUCCGUGUGCUCUUUCCUCCCCCAUCUUCCAAAAAGAAGAAGACCAAGAAGGCCUGAAUAUGAGUCUCUGUUUUUGGUCAACCUGAAUAUAAUUCUGGUUAGUGUAGUUUUUUCAGACAUUUUCAAUCAGUACAGUAGAUAAAGCUUAAGCUGUAUUGAGGACUGACCUUAGUGUUGGUAAAAAAAGUCUUCAAAUUGUGAAUCAAAUAAAAUUAGCUGUCUAGUUACAGAAACGAAAUGCGCGCAUGUUGCGUUGGCAAUGGUUUUGAUUUGCUGUGUUGGACAGGAGCGAUGUUAAUAACUGGGUUGGAUAGCAGUCCUCGCCAACCGUACACUUCCUGUCAUUCUCUUUUUUAUUGAUAUACUUUUCUAAGGCAUUUGGAAUUUUGGGUUAAAUGGACUCUGGACUCUUGAAUGAA